UUCCACCCCGGGAUUGGCCGGGCUGCCUGCAGCGUGCUGGCGUCACCGCAGCAAGUGGGCGCCGGUAACGAGGACGGGGAGGAGAGACGGAAGAAUGUCAGUAUCUGCUUACUGUAUAUUUUGCUACAGACAAAUAGGAACUUCUGGUCCAGCCACAAAAACACACCUACCAUGGAAUGAUAUCAGAAAAAUUGCAAAGGUAACUGGAUCACUUAUCCUAGGAGGUUUUGUAUUCAUUACAUAUGAAGUCCUGUCCUUAAAGAAGUUACUGCAACUCGAUACUCAAGCUAUACAUCAAGAAAAACUGAAAUCCUUUGUAUAUGUACGUACAGCUUCUCUAAAUCCAAGUGAAUAUCAAGGGAUCACAUACCAAGCCAGAAAAGAAAUCCAUAAAGCUGUGAGGAAAAUUCUAGAAGCAGAAGCUAAAAUUUUCCGGAGACCUUUUCAUGAACACUUCAGUACUUUUGAUGGAGAAGAUCACGAAUGUGCGUUAUGGCUCCUCUUAAAGAAAAGCCAGUCAGAAGACAGAGAGAUCCGACUGCAGGCUGUACAAGACCUGGCAAACAACAGGCACUGGCAUGAUUAUCAGUAUGGUACAGUUGCCCAAACCUGUGAUCAAAGGACUGCUAUAGGCUUGGCUCGAUCCAAAGAUAUUGACCUUCGCUUUUUCCUGCCUCCACCACCAUUGCCAAAAAUAAAGAAUGAUUAUGCCAUAGAAGAUGAACUUCGCUUGCUGUUAGUGUCUUUACCUCAGACUGGUCUUGAUCCAUGUGUCCAGUACUUCACAUCCCUUGCUUUACGUGAAAGUAGUCAGACUCUUGCUGCACAAAGGGGAGGCUUAUGGUGUUUUGGAGGAAAUGGACUCCCAUAUUGCGAGACAUUGAGUAAAAUCCCUUCAGAGACGGUGGAACUUUUUUGCUUGCAAGCUUUAGUACAACAUUCUAAGGUUCCUUCUCACUGUGAUAAAAUUGAAGCUAAAGGAGGCCUUCAGCUCCUACAGAGGAUAUACCAGCUACGUAAAGAUUCAGCAAAAAUACAAAGGAACAUCAUUCGCAUUAUUGGAAAUAUGGCUUUGGAUGAGCGACUUCAUUCCUCCAUAGUACGUGCAGGUUGGGUUUCUGUACUUGCUGAAGUAAUGAAAUCCCCACAUGUCAUUCAGUCUUCUCAUGCAUCCAGAGCUUUGGCUAAUCUAGACAGAGAGACAGUGAAAGAAAAGUAUCCAGAUGGUGUUUAUGUCUUGCAUCCGCAAUAUCGUAGCAGUCAGCCCAUCAGAGCAGACAUCCUUUUUGUUCAUGGUCUUUUGGGAGCAGCGUUCAAAACCUGGCGACAGCAAGACAUUGACCGGCAUUUGGAUAAAAAGGCUUCGGAAGGGGAAGAGGACUAUAGCCAGUGCUGGCCAAAGACAUGGCUGGCUUCAGACUGUCCUACUCUUAGAAUCAUAUCUGUGGAAUAUGACACCCAUUUGAGUGACUGGAAAGUAAAAUGUCCUGUUGAGGCUCACAGGAAGUCUAUUGCUUACAGGAGCAAUGAGCUUCUGGACAAGCUCAGAGCUGCUGGGGUUGGAGACAGACCUCUGGUGUGGGUAUCACAUAGCAUGGGUGGUCUUCUAGUCAAAAAGAUGCUGGUGGAUGCUUCCAAGAAUCCAGAAAUGGAUAAAAUUGUAAACAACACCAGAGGAAUCGUAUUUUAUAGUGUACCUCAUCAUGGUUCCCAGCUGGCUGAAUAUUCCAUAAAUGCCAGAUAUCUCCUCUUUCCGUCUGUAGAGGUUAAAGAACUCAGCAAGGAUUCUCCUGCCCUUAAAGAGCUGAAUGAUGACUUCCUGGCUUUUGCCAAAGAUAAGAAAUUUUCAGUGCUGAGUUUUGCAGAAACCUUGCCUACACACAUAGGCAGCAUGUUAAAACUCCACGUAGUACCUCUGGAAUCAGCAAAGUUAGGAAUUGGAGACCUUAUUCCAGUGGAUGUUAAUCAUCUAAAUAUUUGUAAGCCAAAGAAGAAGGAUGCUUUCUUGUACCAACGUACAUUGAAGUUCAUUCAGGAUGUUUUAGCCCAAGAACUUCGAGACUGAGAUUUUGCCAUCCUUGGCUGCUUAUUUCUUCCAUUUGAUGUAACACAGUAAGUUCUUCUUUGUUAGGGGAUCUGCAGAACUACAAAGAUGCUAUGUGAAUAGUAUCUGCUGCUGAAAUAAUUUUCAGUACAUCUCCAACUUGGACACAUCUCCUGAAAUGUAUUUGAAAUAAAUACAAACUGAAGUCCUAUAAACUUGGCCAAAAACCCCCGAAGAUUGGCCAUGAUCUGCUGACAAAAUGUGAGUAAAUUCUCCAGCAACUUGUCUGGGAGGGAAUUGGGGAUUCAGUUGAAAGAAGUUUCACUUACUCUCCAGAUAUCCCUCUAGAGCAACACAACUAGACUAAAGAGAGUGUGCAGGAUAUCUUCUUUUAGCAAAAAAAAUCAACCCCGCACCAAAAAAGUCUUACUCUGUGUAGGUGGUCUCAGUAAGGUAAAUCUACAUCUGGGACUAAAGUCUGUGUUACAGACAGCAUGAGAAACAAUUAACAGAGGUGGUUAUUUGUUUACUCAAAGGAAGAGAGAAGCAGCAUGUAGCUGCCUCAAAACUUUGGUUCAGUGUCUACAUUUAAGUAGUUGAACUGCAGCCUGAAGAAGUUCAGGCAAGUGAAUGAAGCAUUUUGGUCUAGUGGCUGAAAUGCAGGAGUUGUCAUAAUUUGUGUUUUAACUUCAUAGACCACUCAGAUUUUUUUCAGCAAAUAUGCCAUCUGUUUUCUGCCUCAAAGAGAUGGAUUGGUAGGUUUCCUUGCACAGACCACUCUAGUUAUUAUAAUCUGUUUGUAGAAAUGAAAAGAAAGAAAAGAAAUGUUCAGCUUCUUGUACAUUUCUCUCUUAAUCUUAGCGACUUGUGAGGUUGCUUUCUUUGGGACAGUGUGGAUCUGGUCAGGCUCAGAGCAGUUCUGUGCUUGCUCACAUGGAAGGUACAGAACAGAGGCUUAGCUCUUUCGCUUUACUCUUGGGACAUACCCAGAAGAUGGUACGUUCAGAUCCCUGCUACUCCUAUAACUCAUUCAGAAAUUCUUUCUUUAGCUGAUUUAAAGAAGAGCAUUGGAAAGACUCAAAUGUAGGCCCUGCCAAAAAGAAGCAGAUGCUUAGAGUUUGGAGCACAGAUAGAGAAAAAGUAAAGCAGGAAAAAAAUCAGGUGAUGUAAGGUUCCACUGGAAAAGCAGAAGAUGCCAAACAUUUUUGUUUCUUGAAGCCCAAGUGUAUUUAUUGGUGUAGAUAUAGAGGAAAAAGAGUAGUGUUUAUGUUUACAUUAAGGGUACCUUAACAGUACUGGUGAAAAAUAAGUAUUUUUAGGAAAAAAAACCCAACCUAUUGCAGUGUUCAGUCACUUUAAGAAGUGUCAGAUAGUUUGCAAUGUAGUUAAAAGCAACCUAAUCUAGUUGUGGUCUCUCUUCUUCCUUUCCUUACACCCCAACCCUCUCUGAAAACAGAGACAAUGAUUAGGCCUUUCUGCCCUAGCAAACCAUUUGCUAAAUAAGGCCUGUAUUGAUGACAGGCUUCAGACAUCUCUUGGCAUCCUUUCUUUGAGAUGAAUCUAAUUUCACUGGCCUUAAUAUCAUGGCUGUGAAAGCCACCAAAGAGGUGGGAUGCACUUUGCAGUUCUGCGUGGGCUUGGUCCAGGCGCCAGUGGUCAUUGCAGUCCUGCCAGGUCUUGAGACUGCCUCUGCUGUUCCCACUUAAGCUCUCCAGCCCAAGAGGACACUGCAAAUGCACUUCAGGAAGCUGACCUGCUUGAGUUGCAAAGUCAAAUUUCACGAGAGCAGUUCAGAGAAUGUACAGCACUACACUGGAAAAAAUAAGUGGUUGUCUUUUUUUCCCCUCCCUGAGAUGUAGGUAAGAACACUGCACGGCAACAUUUCAGAUAGGAAAGGUAACAGAACUGUUGUAACUGCCAAAGAGGUUUGUCCUUUUCACACUGUGGUUUCGACUUCAAAGUGUAAAUAUAUUAGAAAACUUUGUAUUCACAAAGUAGAGGGUGUGUGGAAUUCAUUGUGACUAGAUGAGGCUUCUAGUAACUGAACGUGGGUUUCACAGGACAGAUCUUCUAUUGAUUUUAACAGACUUCUUUGGCUUGCAGGGGUUCCCAUCAAUGACAUUACACAUUAGUCUCAGUAAAUGCAUCUAUGUUUUGUUACUGUAACUGGAACUUUCUCCUUUUUGUAACUGUAUAUAUGGGUGACUUUUGAAACUAAUAUUUUGAUGGAGGGAUGGUGUUUGUUGGGUCUGGGGUUUUUUUUUAAUAUAGUGAUGAAAUGUGGUUUUUAAAAUGUACUAGAUAUGCCACAAAAUGUAUUAAAGGUGAAUCAAUCA